GUUGCUUACACUGAAUAUUUUGGUUGAUUUUAUCUUAAUGAAAGGGUUGUUUGUUAAUUUUACUAGAAACGGAAUUACUUAAGUGGUAAUAAUUAAGGAAUCAUUAUCGGCUUUUCUUAGUUUGGUUGGAAUAGUAGCACUUGAUGUGUGUGAAGUCAAUAAACGAGUGGUAAAUAAAGGAAUGCUAGAAGUAGUUGUGGGUGUGUUAGGAGGAUGGGGGUGAACGCAUCCUGCCAGCCGGAGUCUGUAGUUGGGCCUCACACCUUCUUCACUACAUUGACAAUGCCACAGUCUAGCAGCAUGGGGAGCCACAGCAGCAACCCAGCAAUAUCUGCAGCUGUAAGUUCAGGCCAUUCAAGCAGCAGCAGCGGUCACAACCCUCACCAGCAGCGCUCAGAUAAGAAGCGCAGACUUGCCAGCCUUGCAACCCUCCGUAAGAAGCUCGUGCUGUGUCGCAGGCGAAGCUCCAAGAGCUGUGAUCAUGCCAGGAUCAUCAGAGAUCUGCUGCAGGACUGGACGCUCAGAGAGAUAGCUGCUCUGUCAGAGGAGUAUGAAGCAAGUGCUGCUCUGAAAGACCUCAGUGUUCAGGCAGACUUAGCUCGUCCCCCUGCUCCCACCUACAAGCAAGAUCUGAGCGAUCUCUUCGACUACAAGUAUUGCACGGACGUCGACCUGGUGUUCCAAGGAGCUGUCUUCCCCGUGCAUCGAGCCAUUCUCUCGUCUCGCUGUCCUUACUUCCAGGAUGUGCUGCGAAAGAUUCCCGGCUAUGGUGCCCAGAUCGGCGUGGACAUACGCACCCCUGGCAUAGACAUCCCCAUGUUCAGCGCCCUGCUGCGGUACCUUUACACCGGCGAGUUUAACCCUUACGACGGCACAAGCAAGCCUCAUCAGAUGCGUCUCAGUAACAUGGACCUGCUGCUGCAGCUCUGUGAAGAGUUCGGCACUCCUAACCCUCUCGAGUGUGAUCUUAGGUACCUGCUAGACUCUGGGGAUUAUUCCGACUGUGUCCUGGUGUUCUCUUCUUCUGCAGACAAUUCUGGUACCGCGGGAACAAACGCUGGUGAGAGCACUAAUGUUGGUGUAGGUGGUGGCAGUGUGAGUGGUGGCAGCGUAGGGGGAGACUCAGGAAGUUUGAGUGGCGGCCACUCAUCAGAUUACGGUUUCCACAAUCGUCUAGAAGUGUAUUGUCACAAAUCUAUCCUAAGCGCGCGGUCUCCUUUCUUCAGAAGUUUAAUACAGCGACGACAACGCUACAGCGAGGAAGCUGGACUUUGUAAUGUGAACGCCGUGACUCCUCCGACCAGAAUAGUUUUGGAUGAAGGAGUCAUUCCUAAACGUUAUGCUCGCGUGCUGUUACAAGCUGUGUAUUUGGAUACAUUAGACCUGAACUGCAUAAUACGCGACAGCGGCAGCAGCAACAGCCUGAGUGAAGCGCAGAGUAUGACGGUAACGGGCCGCGCUCAUCUCACGAUCGUGGAGGAAGCCAUGGAAGUCUACCAGAUCGGCCGUUUCCUGGAACUCGAUAUUCUGACCCAGAGCUGUGAAGAUCUUAUUGUUGAGAGCUUGAGUUUGGAGAACCUGGUGUCUGUUCUGCAGUGGAGCAGACAGAGUCACGGCUCUGCCUGGGUGCAGCGGCAGGCUCUGCAUUAUCUGAGGGAGGAAUUUUCUCAGGUGGUACAGUCGCCCGUGCUGCUCGAGCUUGACAAGAUGACUCUCAUCCAUGCCCUCAUGUCGGACUUCCUGCAGGCAGCAGAGCUCGAGGUGCUGCAGAGCGUGCUCAGGUGGGGUGAACAUCAGCUCGUCAAAAGGAUGGAGGAGCGAGAGCCAAAUCUCGUGUCACAAACGGCGCACUCCGUUACCAGGAAAGGAUUACGCAAACGAGAUUUGAACGAUGUCGAGCUGAGAGAAAUUUUGAGCGAGUUGCUGCCACACGUGAGAAUGGAUCACGUGUUGCCGCCUACACACGAGGUUUUCAUUCAGGCCAUCAAACGUGGUCUUGUCUCGACGCCACCGAGCCACAUGAUCGGGGCGGACACCACCAACUACCGCAUCAACGCCUGGAUACGAGGCAAGAACAACGGUCUCUUCGUCAAGCCGAGACUCUUCACUCCAUACGCUGAGGAGGUCAAAACAAUACUGGACGAGCAGGCAGGUGCUGGCGUGUCCGUGCGGUUGCCGUGCUACGUGUCUCACAUUCCUGACACGCUGUACAUGGUUGACCAACACCGCCCUGCGUCGACCAAUGUAACCAGCACCGUCGACUUGGUCCCGUCAACGGUCCCCAUCCCUGAGCCUGAGGUAGUGGCUGGGAUGGUGCGCCGUGAGCGGGAACUCACUGCCAGUCCCGGGUACCAGCGGGCCGCGGGACUUCUUUUUGCAGACCGGCGCAUGAUGCGUCGACGCGUGCGCCUGCGCGUGGUGCGUGAAUUUAACUUGCCUGACACCGUGGCUGAGGUGCUGGAGAACGCCACCUACACGGACGAGGCGCAGCAGACGCCGCACUGCCACGUCAGGGACGAGGGGCGCUCCAGGCUUCACCCUCCCGAAUUCAUCACGGAGGCCAUGGCUGGUGACCCGCGCGCUGAUAGUUUGGCCGUGUCCAUGCCGGACUCCGAACCUCCCUUGAGUGACGUUGUUCCUGACGUGGCUUUAGCGUCCUCUUCUUUAUCUGCCCUGCAUUUGUCUUCGAUGGGAGGAGGGGGCCACGGCAUGCCUAUGGAGGGCGGAGGGACUUGGCAUCGGCGUGGAUCGUCUCAUCGGAGCAGUCGAAGCAAUCGGCAGUCUUCUCCUGGCUCGAAGCAGAGGACUUCAGCCAGUUUAGAGGCCCUCGAACGCACGUCUCUGGGCAGCUGCAAAAAUCUAGAGAGGCUGGCGGACCAUUCGACCAUGGCUCUAGAUCUGGUGGAUGGGUCAGCUCAGUACGGCUACGUCAGAGGUUCCUGCAAGUCUGGCAAACUGAACAGGUCAUCUCGCCCACAGUUGAGCGUGCCUGUCUCUGUGCAGUCACUGAAUCCCUCUUUGACUUCCGUAUCCAUCCUGCCGCCGCCUCCUUCAUCAUUACAAUAUUCUUGUUCAUUGACUCCUCCUGCCACUCAACUUCACUUGCCGCACUCCUACACUCUCAAGCAUCCUCCUCGCGCCUCGUCCUUACAUCAUUACUCGACUCUCAACCCCCGGCUGCACACGGUGGGCACCGGGCACCACGCACUCCAACAUUCCAAUAGAUUAGCCUACACGCCGCCUCCGGUGCUGCAUCCCACCACGCAGGUACCAAUUGGCAUCGACAAUGUACCAGCCGGAACCCCUCCUAUGUUCCUCUGACAGUACCUUUACAAUACAUUUCAUCCUUCACCACAACACAAGAACACGCUUAGCAAAUCCAAUCAAAGGCUCUCGCAGUCUUCCGUGUGCACUGGCUUGAGUUCAGUCUCUCCGUACCAACGCCAGUCUCAUGAAUCCCUUUUCUCUACAACCUCUUCCCCACCUUGCUCUUCUGCAGCCGCCUUAUCUUUUGCUUCCAUCUUUUCGUCUCCCGCCGCCUCUUGUACGCCUCAGAGUCAAUAUUCCAGCACUCUACUGCCUUCAACUGCUGCUUCAGCUCAUAAUAGUUACGAUGCUCUGUACCAGAGUCGAUAUUCUCACUCAGAGCUGCAGAAGCCGACGUUGUCAUCACGGCGCUCGUCUCCCCGUCACCAUCGCUCGUCUCUCCAACUUCCCCCGCAAUUUCAUUCCGAGUUUUCAUCGGAGUUUCCUGCUCAUUUCAGCACCGAGUUUUUGGCCCCAACUCCAAAGUUGCAGUACUUGUCUCAAUCAGCUACUCUCCGCCAUUACCCUGGACACCACCACGUGCUGCCUGGGCAUUCAUCUGGACUCUAUUCAUCGAGUCCCACUCCAGCUAUGGAACAAACACCCCCUGUGGGAGGUGUGGCAGCAACGUCUUAUUCCAGCCACCACCGCAGACUGGACAACUUUCAAAGCAUCGAUGCCUAUAACAGACAUUGUAGUGAGUCGUUCAGUGGACAGCCUCUCGACCGCCGCAUGCCGCCAAACUACGGAACAAUUGGCCGCUCCUGGACCUCAGGACGUCCCUACACGCCCCUCUUCUGACCCUCUGAGGCGGCCCCGCCUCUGCCACCUCGGCGGUUCAGUCCACACGUUUGCCUCAACUACAAGACCUGUUGAGACUUGCUGCUGACUGCAAGACCUGUUGAGACUUGCUGCUGACUGCAAGACCUGUUGAGACUUGCUGCUGACUACAAGACCUGUUGAGACUUGCUGCUGACCACCUCAACAAACGCAACUAACUGCUAGGUUUAUUGAAGGAAGUGGCUCAAGUAGCAUGAAUAUAUAGAUGCUCAACUGCUUACAUGCGUUUCAGGACGAUAACUCACCUUUUGCUCAUCUGUUGAAACCAGUGCCGUGUUCAUCACACUGUUCUACAUCUGUUUAACCCAUAUUGAUGAUAUGAAUUUCAUCGUAGGUAUUCUGAACAGUGUAAGUAAGUUCUAUGUCAUACUCAAAAUUAACAAGUGUAACUAAUUGUUUAUAUUAGAAGUUGGGAUAGUUACGAGAUAGUUUUUAAACUUACAAAGAAAAGUGACAACUUACGUAGGUAUUUUAUUCGAAUGUAACCUAUGCGUCUUUGGUGUGGUGAAGAGUGAAUGGAGUGGCAAUAUCGUCAUGAACAGAACUCGAGUGCUCCAAAUAACUGUGAAGAGUUAACUCGAGUGCUCCAAAUAACUGUGAAGAGUUAACUCGAGUGCUGCAAAUAACUGUGAAGAGUUAGAACCUAAGGACCUCCGAACACUAGCUGCUACAGCUGGUAGUACAAGUCAUCAGCUCCUUGAUGUUGAUCUGAUUUUUGCAGUGCAAUCUUUGAAAAUAUUCUCCUAUUUAACUGCCCGCGCUCUAUAAUUUGUUGUUUUAUUCGUGGCUUCUAAAGUUGUUUAAUUUGAAACUGUUCCAUGUACAGUGUUUUAUUACGGCUUCAUCCAUCUGUCUAUUUAUUGUAGAUUUUAAUAUUGGAUUUAAGGUAUGUGUUGUUCUCUUACAAGGAAACUACUGAACUGUUAUUGUUA